AUGGUGGUGGUGUUGCGUACUUUUUGGUUGUUUUUAUCUCUAUUGUGUUUGAACGAAGGAGAGCAGCUGUGCGGAGGGGAAGUUGUACAGAAGAUGUCUUUUACGACAGAUGAUGCACCCGCAGCUGUCCGCAACCCCACACGGAGCAGCGGUGGCAAUGGUGAUUGCCAGUGCGAAGAACAGGUGCAACCGGAUCCCGUGCCGCCGGUGGUGGUGCAUUAUCCUUUAGGCUCCUGGGAGCGUCAUCUGCUGGAGGAGCGACUCCGAGCCAUCAAAGACUGUGAGCGGGAGCGUCUACUUCGGGAGGAGCUUGAGAAGGAGUGCACAUUUCAGCCACGCCUGGCUACAUCGCGCAGCGGUGAGGAUGAGCCGCAGAAAGACUUUGUCUCCACGGAUCAAAAACAGCGUCACGUGCCGGUAUUUGAGCGUCUUGCGCACCGUGCGAAGGAGCGUGAGGCGCGUCUAGCGUCUCUUGCGGAAGAAAAAAGGCGGAAUGAAGAGGAGGCAUUGCGGCACGCUUUUCGCCCUCGUGUGAACACCUUCUCGGAACAGCGUGUGCCGUUUGCGUCGAAUGAGGCAAAGAUUCCUGUGGAGGAGAGAUUGCUGCACUACGGCAGGUCCGUUGAGCAAAGUCGUCGUCUUUUGCAAGAACAGAGGCAGAAAAUGGAAAUUGAGGAAAUGCGUCAAAAAGCCGUGAUCCGGCGCGCACACAGCAAUGCUUCAAGGGAGAAACGUCAAAGUGACAUUGCAGGGCGUUCCAAACGGCUCCUUAUUGAGCGUGAGGCGCAGCGUGCGAUGGCACAAAAUGCUCUACUCAAUGCGCACAGUUUUCGGCCCAAAGUGUGCACUACCUCCGACGCCAUUGAUCGUACUUUGAAGGCGAAGAAGAGUGUGCGCGAUAGGGGUUUGGCGCUUUAUGAAGAGGGUAUGCGUCGUCAGCAGCAGCGUCAAGCGGAGACGGUGCAGCGACAAGCAAAAGAGUCCAGUGGCCUGCACAAGCCUGCCACCAAUCCGCUAACGGAUGACUGGAUUCACCAUGGACAACAUAGAGCUUUAUUCCGGCAGGAUUUUAUAAAAAGACAAGAGAUUUACCAGCGUGUAAAGGACGAACAUCAGCGAAACCUUCUCUCUGCUCUUGAACAGAGUGAACGAGCCGAGGUCCCGCGGGUAAAUCAGGAGAUGUUAGAGCAGCAGGUGGAACGACUGUACCUUGGCGCGCAGGAGAUACGAAAAGAAUCAAGGAAACGAAUGGAAGAGCACAUUAACUCCCGCGAGUGUCCCUUUCGCCCGCAGUUGGCACCCGGAACGGCAUACGUCAUUGCGCGAACCCAGCGUGAGGAAGAUGUGGUGAAGCGUCUUGCGUCCGUCCCUCGUAGCCGCCGUGUCAGCCAUUACUCUAUUUUUGAUACUGCAUACGCAGACCAAAAAGAGAAUGAAAAGAAUUCCCCACGCAAGUCCAAAGUUAUUCAUCCAGAUGAGGCUGCUGAGUUUUUUCAUCGACAGCGAAAAGCCCUAGAGGAUCGAGAAGUUCAACUACGGGAGCAGAAACAACGAUUGGCAAUGGAGGAACUCUGUGCAUGCACUUUUCGUCCACGGACGUGCACAGACGAGUACUUUCAUCGACGCCAAAGAGAAGCAACCGAUCAGGCACAGAAGCCCAUCGAGGCACGUGUGUCAGGGGUCUCAGCGUACCUGCAACGCCAGGCCGAGGCGAAGCGACGGCUAAAGGAGCAGGAGUCGAGGUAUAGCAAUCUUGGGCGUGGCCUCCCAUGCAACGGAGCCGGCAGUACCGUCAUCACUCCGUUUCAGUUGUCCAGCGGACGUGGAACGCAUCCUCACGGUUUAAGCCCGAGAUGGAACGAAUUGAAGUUGUUCAAUGGGGAGGAAUGUGAUAUCCGCUGUCACGUCGAUCCUUACAGCAACAAUGAAAUUCCCAUGGCACUUCGGGGUAAACUGGUAGAGGGCUCUGCAAGGUCUCGUGGGCAGUAA